AACUCAGCCAGCCCACACUGGAUUAAAUCUAGCUAGAAGUAGCCAGAAAGCUCUUUGAAAAACCACUGGGCUCUGGGUUCAUUACUACAGGAAACUUGUUCUCUCCUGAGGCACAGAGAAACCUGCUGCAGAGCAACCCUGCAGGCUCAGGAGUCCAGUGGGAUAAAACCCAUCCCGGAGGAUAAUGGCCACCUACGCCCUGCAGAUCGCUGGACUGGUGCUUGGUGGUGUUGGCAUGGUGGGCACGCUGGCCGUCACCAUCAUGCCUCAGUGGAGAGUGUCUGCCUUCAUUGGAAGCAACAUCGUGGUGUUUGAAAACUUCUGGGAAGGACUGUGGAUGAACUGCGUGAGGCAAGCCAACAUCAGAAUGCAGUGCAAAGUCUAUGACUCCCUGCUGGCGCUGUCUCCGGACCUGCAGGCAUCCAGAGGGCUCAUGUGUGCUGCUUCCGUGCUGUCCUGCCUGGCUUUCGUGACUGCCAUCCUGGGCAUGAAGUGCACCAGGUGCCCCGGGGACGAUGAGAAGGUGAAGGGUCACAUCUUGCUGACGGCCGGAAUCAUCUUCAUUGUCACAGGUCUCCUAGUGCUAAUCCCUGUGAGCUGGGUUGCCAAUUCCAUCAUCAGAGAGUUCUACAACCCGAUAGUGGAGACGGCCCAAAAACACGAGCUUGGAGAGGCUCUCUACAUAGGCUGGACCACGGCGCUGGUGCUGAUUGCUGGAGGGGCACUGUUCUGCUGUGUCUCUUGUGCCGGUGAGAAGAGCAGCAGCUACAGGUACUCCGUACCUUCCCACCGCACAACCCAAAAGAGCUAUCACGUGGAAAAGAAGUCACCGAGUGUGUACUCCAGAAGUCAGUAUGUGUAGUAUGGUGGCUAGUCGUUAACUUGACGGAUAAAGCCAUGCCAAUGACUAAAGUGACCGCUGUUCUCUAAAAAUGGAAUCCAAAGGAACAUUGAUUUGCCAUUCUUAACUGCCUAACACUAAUUACAGGAACCGUGCAUUGGCUAUGUAGGCUUCUAUGAGCUAUUUCAGCAGAAUGAGAUACCACACACCGUGCUUUGAUUGUUCUAGGAAGUGUAGUAACAUGUUUUCUAAAAUGAUUCAUGCGUCUUUGUCUUUCGCCAGUUACUUCAAAAUGACACUGUUAAAGACUGUCUUGUUUCCCAAGUGUGAUUUCUCUAAGCCACAGCGUUAUGUAUGGAGAUCAGCGUGUCUGUAUCUCACAUAAAGAGAGACAGGGUUAUAUGGUUCUAUUUUAAAUGAAAUACUGAUUCAAUACACUGAAUAAAUAAAACUCAACUAUUGCUUUUCAAGGGAAUCGGGGAUAAGAUUGAAGAAGGUUAAUAUUAAUUGUGUAAAAACAGCUUAGCAAUUAAUGCGCACGAUUCCUACGGAAGGUUAAAAUGGAGGUUUUAAUCAGCAGUGUAAAGGAAGCUAAAUGGCUUUCUGAUAUCCUGUUUUUCAAGCUAGAAAUCCUAACUCCUUUAUCCUUUUUCCCCAGAGGCCUUUCUUUUCUUGUAUAUUAAAUGAAUAUCUUUUAAAAGGCAGAUACUGUUGUGGAGGAGCUUUGCAUUCAGACUGCUUUUCCAGGGCUAUCUUGAGAAGAAAGAUAAAACUGUAGUCCGAGAAACAUUGAAGACAUCAGGAAAGGGAAUUUUGUUUUUCCCCUGAAGUUUUUGUGGUUGGAGGAGGAUGCAUUUUGAUGAGAAAUCAUAUUAUGUAUGUGAAUAUUUUAACAGCCGUUUGACUAUAGACUUUGGGCAUUUCUCAAUAUAAAUAACAGGAUAGGAAAAUGAUAUCUCUUGGUUUUUAGUUGCUCCCCCAAGGAACAAAACCAGGUUGUCCUUUGCAAGCUGCACCUGCUUCUAAGGUGUGUGUAGAUGGCUAGGUUUAAAUUGUCAUUUCGAUCCCAUCAAAGAUACAUUUUUUACUUGUUCUAUUUUUUAUUCAUUCUUACUGAGGUAUAGAAAUACUCUAGCUUUGAGUCUCCCCCAAAGUUGAUGCAACUGAUAAUUCAAUUUGAAAGUUUGUAUCCACAUUCUAACUUAAAUGACCAUACAUAUCUGCUUUAUGUCCUUUAUAUUAAUAAAUUGUGCUUUUUAUAUAAA